UUUCUUGCAUGCUGGAGUCUAAUUAAAGUUCCUCGAAUCGUUUUACCAUGUGCUCUGAUCUGACUACAUUGCUCUUUCUGCCUACAAUGGCAUUGCAGUUGAGCGCAUCGUUGUACAAGGGAGAAAAUCAUGUAUAGCUUUAUCGCUCAAUCAUAUAUACGCUGCAAUGUGUUGCAUCCAGGGUUGCUUCUCCCACAUUUAAUGUUAGUUUUCUUAAAGCGGAACAAAGUCGGUACAGAUUUUUUAACGUAGCCUAUUGGAAAUAAGAUGUUCCGGCAAUACACAAAGGAUGUUUUAUAUGGAUGUUUAAUCGUUAAGUUAUUGCAUAUGCUGCUCACUGACGCCGUAUCAAAAGCCUUCGCCCAGAGCAUUUCCGGAUCUGCCGUGCUGGCAGAAGCCGAAGCCUGGAAUAAAACUCAUGAAAAACUUAGAUGCUACUCAUGCCAGUCUGAAACCAAAGACAGUCAUUGCUAUUCGAUGAACAAUACAAUCGGAACUGCAAAGAUGAUUAUAACUUGCAAUGAUGACCACAUGUUUUGCAAGAGCACCGUGUUUGUUGGAAAUAUGACAUUUCGUUAUGUCAACCGAACCUGUGCCACAGAAUGCGUUCCGGGAUGUAUUCAAGCUCCUGCCUCUGGAGAUAAUGUGCAUUUGGAGAUGUGUUACUCUUGCUGCAAUGAUUAUCAUUUAUGUAACGAUAAAACAAAUGGUGCAGCGCUGCAUUACUGCAGUCUCCUAUUGUACAUUUUUGUUUUUAUUUUAACAUGUUUGGGCUAAGACAGUUAAACUACGAUUAGAGUGACUUUUGCAAGAUAUCUUGGUCAAGUGAUUCCAGUUUAUGAUCUACUGAGCAGUUAUAACUAAAGUAUCACUGUGAUAAA